AUGCCGAGAGCCCCAUAAAAUAUGGAAUUGGCAUUAGAGGGGUCUGCUGUUCAUAGUUCAUUUCUCUGAAUAAUGAAAAUGUCAUUUUUCAGUUUGUGAGGAGCGACCGAUCUGCUUCACCCAGGAGAACAGCCUCCAGUUGUGUAUGUAGUGUCUCAGAUUAACUCUGUCUCUCCAUCCAGGCAUUUGUACGGCCACCAUCACCCUAGAGCCAGGGCACAUACAGGAAGCCAGAGGAACAUACGGUACAUGCAGAAGACACCGUUCUGCCUCAGUGUUGGACACCUUUUCCCCUACUCCAUGUCAGGUUCCAACACAACCGACUUCACCAACCCCUCCACCUUCAUCCUGCUGGGCAUUCCUGGCCUGGAGGCCUCCCACGUCUGGAUCUCCAUCCCCUUCUGCACCAUGUACAUCAUAGCCAUCUUGGGUAACUUCACUAUCCUGUUCACCAUGAAGACAGAGCCAAGUCUCCAUGGGCCCAUGUACUAUUUUGUUUGCAUGCUGGCCGUCACCGACCUGGUUGUAUCUACGUCCAUUGUGCCCAAAAUGCUAGCAAUAUACUGGUUGAAUUCUAGAGAGAUUGAUUUCAGUUCCUGCCUCACCCAGCUGUACUUUUUUCACUGCUUCUCAGGGAUGGAGUCUGGGAUCUACGUGGCCAUGGCUUUUGAUCGCUAUGUGGCCAUCUGCCAUCCCCUGAGGCAUUCCACCAUCCUGACAAACUCCGUGGUGGCCAAGAUUGGCCUGGCCAUGAUGCUGCGCAGUGGAAUGGUCACACUGCCCUAUCCCUUCCUGUUGAGGCAGUGGCCAUAUUGCAGAACCAACAUCAUCCCCCAGCCGUACUGUGCACAUAUAGCCGUGGUGAAGCUGGCCUGUGCCGACACCCGCAUCAGUAGUUACUAUGGCCUUUUUGUGGUAUUCUGUUUGAUUGGUCUGGAUGUGAUUUUUAUUGCCCUGUCCUACACCCAGAUCCUCAGAGCCAUCUUCAGCCUCCCCACAAAGGACACCCGGAUCAAGACUUUUAGGACCUGCAUCUCCCACCUCUGUGCAAUCUUAGCCUUUUACAUCCCAAGUCUCUUCCUCUCCCUCAUGUACCGGUUUGGCCAGAAUGUGCCCCUGCAUUUCCACGUUCUCAUUGCUAACGUUUACCUCUUGAUGCCCCCCAUGCUAAAUCCCAUCAUCUACGGAGUGGGGACCAAACAGAUCCGGGACAGGCUGUUCCGGCUCUUUACUCAUAACAGAACCUAA